AUGGCGCGGCUAUCCCGUUUCAUUACGGCCGGUGGCAGCGCUGUGCUUCUCGUGCUGGCCGGUCUCGACCAAGUGGCAGCUGAAGAAACAAAAUACACACCGAAGCAUGAAGCCGGCCGAUGUGCGAUCCGCGGUCAGUGCGGAAAGCAAAGUCUGUUCAGCCCGGAACUUCCCUGUGUCGACAAUGGUCUUGCCGAGGAGCCGGAUGCAGCUCUGAGGCAGCAACUGGUUGGCUUGUGCGGAGCGAAAUGGAGCACCGGCCCCAUUUGCUGCACCGAUGUUCAGGUCGCCGCAUUGAAAGACAACCUCGGUACCGUCAACCAGCUCAUUUCGUCGUGUCCAGCUUGCAAGGAUAACUUUUACAACCUCUUCUGCACCUUCACAUGCUCGCCCGACCAAUCUCUCUUUAUCAAUGUCACCAAUGCGGCCAAGAAAAACGAUAAAGUAUUGGUUACAGAGCUUGACCAGCUUGUAUCGGAAGAGUACGGCACCGGCUUCUACGAUAGCUGCAAGGAGGUCAAAUUCGGACCAACAAACUCUAAAGCUAUGGACCUGAUUGGGGGCGGAGCAAAAGAUUACCACGAACUACUGGCGUUUUUGGGCAAGAAGAGGCUCGGCGGCUCGCCGUUCCAGAUGAAUUUCCCUGCCGAGUACGAAGAGCCAGAAAUGAAACCCCGCCAAAUGACACCGAAGAAAUGCAACGACGAGGACCCUAGCUUCCGCUGCGCCUGCACAGAUUGUCCCAGUGUCUGCCCUGCUCUUCCAGAGGUUAAGAAUGCUAGUUCUUGCCAUGUCGGCCUCUUGCCAUGCCUGUCCUUCUCUUCAAUUCUCGUCUACUCUGUCUUCGUUGCGGUGCUACUUGCUUGGAUCGCACUGCGCUUCUGGUACACAAAUGGCGGAACCAAAGCGUUGCCACUUCUUCACGAUCCCCGCAGCGGUCAUGAUGAGGACGAUGACGUAGAAGACGAUGACCGGCGCGCUUUCCUCUACCAGAUCAUUCACGGAAGUGGCACCACUGGCGCAGAUAUCGAAGAACCGCCCCAGAGCUACAAGCUGAACACAAUGUGCAACGCGGUGUUCAGGAGGCUUGGCCACUGGGCAGCAAGAUUCCCUGGAACCAGCAUCGGCGCCAGUCUAUUGGUAGCCACGGUCCUGAGCUUGGGCUGGCUUCGAUUUGAGCUGGAGUUGGUCCCAGAGAAGCUUUGGGUAAGCCCUUCAUCAGCGGCUGCACAAGAAAAAGCCUUUUUCGACACCAACUUCGGGCCUUUUUACCGUGCCGAGAAGAUUUUCCUUGUCAAUGACACGCUCCCAACUGGUCCCGGUCCGGUUUUGAGCUACGACGCUCUAUUCUGGUGGAUGAAUGUGGAGAAGAGCAUUGAGAAAAUUAAGGGAUCCGAAUUCGGCAUGACCUUUGACGAUGUAUGCUUCAAGCCUACAGGAAAGGCCUGUGUGUUGCAGUCUGUGUCUGCUUACUUUGGUAGCGACACUGCACUCCUGGAUAAGUACUGGAAAGAGACCCUGACGGCUUGUGCGAAAAGCCCUGUUGAGUGUCGCCCAGAAUACGGGCAGCCUUUGGACCCCGAAGCCAUCUUUGGGGGCUUCUCCGAUGUCGAACAUGUAGCAGAUGCACCAGCAAUCACCGUCACCUGGGUUGUGAACAACUACGAAGAAGGCACCCCGGAGGUCAAGCUGGCUAUGGACUGGGAGCGAGCAUUGAAGAACAAAUUGCUUGAGGUGCAAGAAGAAGCAACAUCCAGGGGCCUCCGCCUCUCUUUUUCCACCGAAAUCAGCCUAGAGGAGGAGCUCAACAAGUCCACUAAUACUGACGCCAAGAUUGUAGCCAUCAGCUACAUUAUUAUGUUCCUGUACGCGUCUCUGGCACUAGGCUCGACAACGCUCUCAUUCAGCGACCUGUUCCACCACUUCGGUGUUUUUGUGGUGCAAUCGAAGUUUGGGCUUGGUUUCAUUGGCGUCCUGAUUGUCGUGAUGUCCAUCACGGCAUCCAUCGGCCUCUUCUCCUGGUUUGGCCUAAAAGCAACGUUGAUCAUUGUGGACGUCAUCCCAUUCAUUGUUCUCGCCGUUGGCGUCGACAACAUCUUCUUGAUCGUGCAUGAGUUUGAGCGGGUCAAUGUCAGCCAUCGUGACGAGGAGAUUGAACGGCGAGUUGCCCUUGCUCUUGGACGGAUAGGCCCAUCCAUCCUCUUCUCCGCCAUUACCGAAACGGUCUCGUUUGCGCUUGGUGCCUUUGUGGGCAUGCCCGCUGUUCGCAACUUUGCCAUCUACGCCGCGGGUGCGGUGUUUAUCAACGCUAUCCUACAGGUGACCGGUUUUGUCUCUGUUCUUGCACUGAACCAAUUUCGUGUGGAGGACAACAGAGCCGAUAUACUGUUCUGCAUACCAGUCAAGUCGGCUCGUGUGCACAUCAAUGGAACAUUUGACGGCGAAUAUUCAAACAGGCGCAGCAACGAUGAGAUAUCACACGAAAGUAUUCUACAGCGCUUCCUUCGACAGCGUUAUGCCCCGGCUCUCCUGAAGAAGGGUGUCAAGACAGUCGUUUUUGUUGUUUUCGGUGGGCUGUUUGCGGCUGCCAUAGCGCUGAUGCCUUUUGUCGAACUCGGUUUGGACCAGCGCGUCGCCAUUCCUGACGGCUCAUACCUUAUCCCUUAUUUCAACGACCUGUACGACUACCUCGACUUGGGCCCGCCGGUGUACUUUGUUACUAAAGGCACGAAUGCAACGCAAACAUAUUACCAGAGGGAGCUCUGCUCGCGGUUCCCCUCGUGCGAUCUCACUUCUCUCACCGGCAUUCUUGAGCAAGAGCGCAAGCGUACGAAUGUGUCGUUCAUUGCAUCGCCCACGGCCAGCUGGAUUGACGACUUCUUCCUUUGGCUGAAUCCGGACUUUGAGGACUGUUGCGUCGAAGAUGGCAAGCCCUGCUUCGCCGAACGCUCUCCGCCCUGGAACGCACGCCUCUUCGGCAUGCCAGAGGGGGAAGAGUUUGUGCACUACCUGAAGAAGUUCCUCGCCUCGCCGACGACCGAAGAAUGCCCGCUUGGCGGUCAGGCCUCAUACGGCCAAGCGAUCGUGGUUGAUUCUGAACGGGAUACGGUGCCAGCAAGCCACUUCCGGACAAUGCACUCGCCCCUGAGAUCACAGAGCGACUUCAUUGAAGCGUACGCGUCUGCACGAAGGAUCGCUUCCGACAUCACAGCGUCCACGGGCGUGGAGGUGUUCCCUUACAGCGUGUUCUACGUCUUCUUUGACCAGUACGCCUCCAUCGUGUCGCUCUCUGGAGCGCUUCUUGGCUCGGCGAUGGGGAUCAUUUUCUUGGUUUCCUGGGUCCUGCUCGGCUCGUUCAGAACGGCACUGGUGGUGGCUGUGACCGUUGCCAUGACUAUCUGCGACAUUACUGGUGCCAUGGCUGUGAUGGGCGUCUCUCUCAAUGCGGUGUCUCUGGUCAAUCUGAUCAUCUGUGUUGGCAUCUCGGUGGAAUUUUGUGCUCACAUUGCACGCUCCUUCACGUUCCCGUCCAGUCUUCUGCGGAACAACGCGCGAACUCGGUUCGUAGGUGCUCGUGAUCAGCGAGCUUGGGCAGCUCUGGUGAAUGUCGGCGGUUCCGUCUUCUCAGGCAUCACCCUCACAAAAUUGCUGGGGGUGUGUGUGCUCGCAUUCACGAGAAGCAAAAUCUUUGAGAUCUACUACUUCCGUGUCUGGGUGGCGCUCGUCUUGUUCGCCUCGCCGCAUGCACUUGUCUUCCUUCCGGUUGCGCUCAGCGUGCUGGGUGGCCGCGAAUAUCUGGAUCCCGAGAACGAGGGCGGUCUGACGGCCGACCUCACAAACCGGGUCCGUGAAGCAGAAGACAGCUCGGACGAUGAAGACAGGACUUAG